AACUCUGCGCCGAGGCUUCAGGCCGGGCCUAGUCGCUCUCCCCCCCCCUCCCCCCCCUCCCGGGCCAGAGAUUGGGACACGCACCCGAGUCGGGACACCCCCGAGAGGAGCGGCGGACCAUGAAGCGGGUACGUACAGAACAGAUUCAGGCUGCAGUGGCUCAUUACCUCAGAAGACGGCAGUAUGUGGACUUGGAGGGAGCCCUAAAGCAGGGACCUAAGUUUUCUCAGACUGCGGAAGAGAUGGCAACUAACUUAACAGUUCAGGCCGAGUCGGGUACUGCUAAUGUAGUGUCUGCAGCUCCCUGUCAGGCAGACCCACAUCAGUACCAAGUACAGUUUGGACGGCUGAAAAAUUUUCUUUUCGAUACAGAAUCAAAAUACAGCCGGGAUGUAAAACAACUGCUCUACCCUUUGUUUGUCUACCUCCACCUGGACAUGGUACACAGUGGUUUGAAGAGCGCAGCAGACAGCUUCUACAGUCACUUCCAUGGCAUGUUCUUACAAAGUGUCAACCAGAAGGACAUUAUGGAACAGCUGCGGACUACACUGAACAGCCAGGAUAUUUAUUCAAACUGCAAAUUACGUUCUCUGAUCGAAAAUAAAUACAUUCUCAGCCUUACUGAAGAGAGUUAUAACUAUCUUCUUCGCUACCUCCAGAGCGACAACAACAGUGCUUUGUGUAAAGUUCUGGCUUCCCGCAUUCAGUUGGACGUACAAUGUUCUCCUCAAACUGACUAUCAACUGUAUAGCAGUGGUGCAUUAUCCCGAUGUGAAGGAGGCAGCAUGGAGCCCUCCGAAAUACUAUCACCCAUAUUGCAAAAUGAAGCUGCACUGGAGUUGUUACAGGACAGCAUAAAACGAGUGAGAGAUGGACCACCAUCUCUCACAACCAUUUGCUUCUAUGCUUUCUACAAUACCGAACAGUUGCUUAAUACUGCAGAAAUUUCCCCAAAUAAUAAACUGCUCAGUGCCGGCUUUGAUAACUCUUGUGUCAAACUUUGGAGCUUGCGUUCAAAGAAGUUAAAGGCAGCCCCGGGGCAGGUGGAUGUUUCUCGAAUCAACCUAGCCUGCGAUGUCUUGGAUAAUGAGGGGGAAGAUGACGAUGUGGGCAGUGAAAUAAAGAUCCUACGAGGGCACUGUGGACCAGUGUAUGGCACAAAGUUUCUGUCGGAUAGUUCAGGCCUUCUCUCUUGUUCAGAAGAUGCAACAGUCCGCUACUGGAACCUGUGCAGUUUCACUAACACUGUUUUGUAUCAAGGACAUGCCUAUCCAGUCUGGGACAUUGAUAUUAGUCCCUUAAGCCUUUAUUUUGUAAGUGGAUCACAUGAUCGGACAGCUAGACUUUGGGCACUGGACCGAACAUACCCACUGCGCAUUUAUGCAGGUCACUUAGCAGAUGUAGACUGUGUCAAGUUUCAUCCCAACUCCAACUACAUUGCCACAGGUUCAACAGAUAAAACUGUAAGAUUAUGGAGUACGCAGCAAGGAAGUACUGUACGUCUCUUCACAGGACACCGUGGCCCUGUACUCUCAUUGGCCUUUUCACCCAAUGGAAAAUACUUGGCUUCAGCAGGUGAAGACCAGCGACUGAAGAUAUGGGACCUUGCAUCAGGCUCCUUAUUUAAAGAGUUACGAGGACACACUGACAAUAUAACUAGCCUGGCAUUCAGUCCUGAUAGUAGUUUGGUAGCUUCUGCAUCUAUUGACAAUUCAGUUCGUAUUUGGGAUAUUCGGAAUACUUACUCCAAUUCAUCCCUGGAUGGCUCUUCCAGUGAGCUGGUGGGUAUAUAUACAGGACAGACCAGUAACCUUCUGAAUGUGCAGUUUAUGUCUUGCAAUCUGGUUUUAGUUACUGGAGUUGCACAAGAAAAGAAAGAACAAUAAACAUAAGUGAACAACA